AUGGAAGAAGGUGAAGACCUUUGGAGUUGGAAGAACCUGCAGAAGGGAAGUGAAAAUGGGAGUUUUGAACAAAGUUUCGAUGUGGGACUUUGUGCAAGUUGCUGUGGUGAUGACAUGUGUCCCUGGAGAUUAGUUUCGGCAGUCGUGAGCUUCGGCAGGUGGCUGCCGCUUUGGAAGAAUGUCUUCCAUCGGCAUGUUGGAAGGUAUGGCCUAGGUGUUAGGCUGAGCGAGAGUCAUAUAGGUCUUGCCAUUCGACUGGGGUUCUGGCGAGGAGAAAGAAGAAUGUGUGAGCUUCCGGAACCUAUAGUACCUGGGUACCUGGGAGUUCGGCCAGGAGGCCCGGUCUGGGCUUUGUGGAGCUGGGCUGCUAGGGGUUAG